AGAGGGACUUGUCAGCGCAAAGGUGGCUGCCUUGGUCACAGUGACCGUGAAGUAGAUGAGUUUCAAAUCACUAGUGAUAGGAGAAAAACUGCCAGCAGAACAUCGACCCUGGGUAUGGGGAGAGCAGACUUCGGGCUCCUGAAGGAGCUACAAACGGAGAAUGAAAAUAACAUUAGUCCAUUGUUUGACAAAGUCAGUCACCUCACAAAUAGGGAUGUAGACAAAGCAGAGAUGUUUAAUGCCGCCUUUGCCUCUGUCUUCAACACCGAUGAUGGGCCCUGGGACUGCUGGAGCCCUGUGUUGGAAGACUGUGACUUGGGGGAUGAGACACUCCCAGCUGACCCUGAACUUGUCCGAGACUUGCUGCUCCAGCUGGAUGCACGUAAGUCUAUGGGGGCUGAUGGGAUUCAUCCCAGGGUACAGAAAGAGCUGGCCAGUGUCAUCGCAGUACUUCUCUCCAUUAUUUUUCAAUGGUCUUGGGAGUCUGGAGAGGUCCUAGUCGAAUGGAAGCUGGCAAAUGUCCCAGUUUUCAAGAAGGGUAAGAAGGAAGACCCUGGUAAUUACAGGCCUGUCAGUCUCACUUCAGUGCCUGGUAAAAUUAUGGACAAGGUUAUUCUGGGAGUUAUUGAAAAACACUUGAGAGACAAUGCAGUCAUUGGUCAUAGCCAGCACAGAUUACAAAAGGUCUUGGGUUUGGAUUCUCUGGAUGAAGUGUUAGACACAAAACUUGUGAAUUCAAAGCACAUAGUCCAAAAUGCAUAUAAUGUCAAUAAGCAGGGCAUUGUCACUUUAGAAGACAAAUCAAAAGAACUACCUCACUGGAUAUUAUCAGCAAUGAAAUGUCUAGCAAAUUGGCCCAGCUGCUCAGAUUUGAAGCAGCCUACAUACUCAGGAUUUGAAAGAGACGUCUUCAAAACUAUAGUGGACUACUUUGGGCAGAUGAAAGAACCUCUUCUCACAUUUCAUUUUUUUGAUGUUUUUGUUAGUGUGUUAGGUCUGCUGCAAAACCACAGCAAGGCCAUAGAAGCUCUUCAGAUAUCUUGUCUUCUGCUGCCACCAGAAAAUCGGAAAAAACUACAGCUAUUGGUGAGGAUGAUGUCAAAAAUCAGCUUUAACAAGGAUUUGCCACCUCUUUCAGAAUCAGUGAAGACCAGAACCUUGAUGGUUCAGGCAUUUUCCCGUUGUAUUCUCUGCUCAAAGGAUGAAAUGGACUUGGAUGAACUGCUUGCUGCUAAACUAGUAUCUUUUCUCAUGGACAAUUGUCAAGAAAUCUUAAGUGUUCCUUCUGCCUUAAAAUCUUCUAUAGAGGAACAUGUCGUACAUCUCCAGAGAGUCCAAAUAAAAUAUGCUGGAGCUGAUACCGAUGCAAAUUUUCCUCCUCCAUCAUUUUGUUGCCAAAUCAGUACAGAUGAAUUUGAAUACCAAAGGGCAACUGGCUCUCAAGAACCACUGGCAGCUUUAUUGGAAGAAAUUGCAACUAAUAAAGAAAUAUCUGUGAAAGACAAAAAGAAGAAGCUCAAGCAAUUUCAGAAAUCUUACCCUGAAGUGUAUAAAGUACGAUUCCCUACCCCUGAAACUGAAGCGGUGCUAUUUCCAGAAAAAACUAAACAGAAACCACCAAUACUGAUGUGGGCCUUAAAAAAGCCUUUUCAACCAUUUCACAGAACCAGAAGCUUUCGGAUGUAAAUGGUCUGAAAUAUAUCAGUGAACUGAGUCAGAGCAUAUUAUCAAUGGAUCUUAUGCAAAAGGAGCCUGAGCAGCAUGUAGUUACUCAAAAAACUACUGAAGAUACUGCUGAGGUGGUAGAAAAGAUCAAAAGAAGAAG